CGACAGUUAAAGGCAGGGAGCUAAAGUGGUCUCCGUGCAAACAAGUGUCAAGUGUGCUACACUGAACAUUAAGAAAAACUUUCAACUUUUGUUCAGGAAACCUGAAUCAAUUAAGAGAGAAAAAAGGGAAAAAACAUUGUGAAAAACAUUGGAAUCCAUCAUGGCUGCUGCCAGAGUGUCUAUGCCGGGUAUCACAGGAACCAGUAUGGAAUUUGCUGACUACAGUCUCUAUAGCAACCUGUCUGAUGAUGAGCUCUUACAGCUGGCAAUUCAGCGCAGUCUUACUGAUACCCAUAGCUCUGUGUCUGGGACUGAAAACACCGAGCCUAUUGUUGCUCUGAACAGGCCAGCAUCAUCACGGCCAGUUCCACCAUUGCGUCUUCCUCAGCAGCACCAGCCUGCACCAACUGCAUGCCCUGCCAAUCCCCCCAGAGAAUUAAUAAAUCCAGAGGCUGUGAUCUCAGAGAGUCACUUCAUUACUGGCAAUGGCAAGCGAAUGAUGGCAUACCGAAGAUAUGAUGGCUCUAUGCAGGUCACACCUGAGCCUGAAGAGGGGAUAGAGCCAAUUGUUAAGGCCAUUUGGGAUGGAGAUGUUGGAACAGUGAGACUAUUGGUUAAGAAACCUGAGUGCAGCCUCCUUACACCAAAUAAAUAUGGAUGGAUUCCUUUGCAUGAGGCGGCAUAUUAUGGACAAGAUCAAUGUAUUAAAAUUCUCCUGAGAGCUCAACCUGGGAUGAUUAAUCGGCGCACUCUAAAGGAACAGACUGCUUUAAUGUUUGCUGUGGCCAGGAAUCAUUGUGAAUGUGCAGAGAUUCUACUUGAGAAUGGGGCUGACCCUGAUAUUGCCAAUAAUGACAAGGAAACUCCCCUUUACAGAGCUUGUGAGAAGGAGAACACAGCAAUGGUUGUCAUGCUAUUGAACUAUGGUGCCUCUGUGAAUAAGAGCUGUAUUCAAGGCUGGACUGCUCUGCAUGAGGCUGUGUGCAGAAACAAUCUGGAAAUCUGUGAGAUUCUGGUUAAAGCUGGAGCCAAAGUUGGCACACCCAAUAUGUAUGGAAUCACUCCUAUCUUUGUGGCAGCCCAAAGUGGAAAAGUGGACGCACUUCGCUUUCUUUUAAAAAAUGGUGCAGAUCUGAACAGCCAGGCUGCAGAUGGGGCCACAGCACUGUAUGAGGCCUGUAAGAAUGGCCAUGAGGAUAUUGUAGAGUUCCUGCUUUCUCAAAACGCAGAUGCCAACAAGCCUGGAAAAACAGGACUGUUGCCAAUCCAUAUUGCAGCCCAGCGUGGCAAUGAUGGGUAUGUAGAAUUGAAUGAUCCAUUUGUAAAUAAAGGUGAUACAGGAGAUUUUGGGAGAAAUUUGUAAUGUUCUCAAAUCAAGUUUUUUAAAAAAAUUUAUUAAUAUGCAGAGGACAUUGGUUCUUAAGAGUUUAGGUUUAGUAAAUCUCAUGAUCUUGCAUUAAUUUUCAGCAAAGACCUCCUCACUUACGGGUGUACCCACAAAAAUGUCAGGGAAACUAAGUAAGUCUCAAUGGCUGUUUAAAACCUUGCUGUGGCAACAGGGUGUAUCUGUAACCUUAACUCAAGAAGCUUGACUUUGUAACAACCAGUAG